AGUUUGAUGGAAGCUAUAGACCUUUAUUCAUUAGAUUUUGCUGAAUUUCGAAAAAACAUCGAUUUAUUCUGAUAUUUACAUAAAUAAAUUUCAACAUUCUAUCUAAAAAUAUAUAUAUUUAUUUAAUAUUUUUAUUUAUACACAUACUUUAUUAUUGAACUUUUGAACUUUUAGUCAAAUAAUUAUUAUCUUCAUUUAAUUAUUCGUUGAUUUUCUUCCUUUAUAAAAGUUAACACACAUCAUCUAAAGAAUUUUGAAUUUUUAAUAUAAAAACAUGAAUAAUUGGAAAAAGAAUAAUUUAUUUAAAAAAGAUCAAACUCUAAUCAUUCAAUCAAAAUCAGAAUAUUUAAUUCAAAAGAGAAAAUUUGAAACUAGUUUGCCUAAAACGUCAAUAGAAAUUCCGGCAAUUGGACCUAAUUUCAACUCUUCGGAUAGGUCGAACUCUGUUGUUGAACCACCAAUUAGAAAAGAUAUUUUAUAUCAAGUUGCAAAAAAUAUAAGACGGUUAAGAGAGGAUAAGAAAUCGUUGGGAAAUGAUAAAAGAUGCUCUAAUAGUAAAAUUAAUGGAAAUUCUGUUGAAAACAAUGCAAAUUCAACUGGCGAAAGUCCUAAUAAAAGUAUUAAAUUUUCAUUAUCGAAUAAUGAUACUGGUAAGAAUUUAAUGGAUGAUUUUACUAUUAAUGGAGUGGGGAAGUAUGUUCAAAAGUCAAUAUUAAAUAAAGAUGAGCGAAUAUGUCAAUUCAAUUCUAAUGAUAUAGAAUGGAAGAAAUACUUCUCUAAAUUUCAUUCAUUAGAUAGAUUAACGCCUAUUCGACGUCGUAGAAUAUUUAAAAGAAUUGAUUAUAUCCCCUCCAAGAUGAAUAAAGUCUAUGAUAAUGUAUAUUUGAACGGUAGAUAUUAUAUGGAUGAUAAACCUUAUGAAUAUUCUCAAGUUAUUUCUCUAUUGAAUGAGAAACCGAAAAGACAAACUAGUACAAACAUUGAUAUUUUAGAGGAACGUGCCUCUGAUAAAAAUUUCAAACCGUUUACCUUUUUACAAAAUGAAGAGAGGAGCAAGGAAGAGCAAAGGCGAAGAUUGAGAAAGGAUUUUUGGAAAUUUUAUCCAGAAUAUCUAAAGCGUUUUGAACAGAUUCGUAGGCCUAUGAAAUAUGAUUCGUGCCUUAACAAAACAAAUGAAACUAGAGAAAAAGAAGAUAAUGCUAACGAAGAAGAGGAAGAUGAAAAUGAUAAAGAAAACAAAAAAGAUAAUAAUAUACCAUUAUAUAGAAAGAAUUUAGUAGAAAUUCGUGCAAAGAACGAAAAGAAAGAUACUUUUGUUAAAUUUAACUUUAAGAAUAAAUUAGAUAGAAGAGAAUUCAAUGAUUUAAUGUGGAAAGAUUAUCCUGAUUAUAUAGAAAGAUUUAAAUCCAUGUAUACGCCUAUUGAACAAUAAUAAAAUAUACAAAUAAAAUGGAAAAAAAAUCUUUCUCUUCUCUCUCUUUCUCUCUCUCUCUCUCUCUCU